UUGCGCGCCGUUCUCUCUACAAUCUCCAAUGGCUCUUUCCCAGGUCGCAUUUGCCCUCCCCCCGGGCGUCCUCGCCGCCUUCAUCACCCCUCGCCGGACCGCCGCCCUCUCGCUCCCCGCCCGGCCGAUCCGAUCCUCGUCGGCGGAACGUUCCCGGAGCUGGAGCAGCCGGCGGUCUCAUGAUCGACGCCCGAUGGCGUCCGCCACUGCGGUGGCGAAUGCCGUCCGUACUGGGGAGGACCUCCCAGAGGACUACGAUACGCGGUUCCCGGCGGUGGAUCCGAGGCGGCGGCGGAGGGCCGGGGUGCUGCUCCACCCGACCUCCCUGCCUGGCCCGCACGGGAUCGGGGAUCUCGGCGACGAGGCCAUCCGCUUCUUGGAUUGGCUCCACGCAGCUGGCGCAUCAGUUUGGCAGGUUUUACCACUUGUUCCUCCAGGAAGGAAGUCCAGGGAAGAUGGAUCACCCUACUCUGGCCAGGACGCUAAUUGUGGCAAUACCCUUCUGAUUUCUCUUAUAGAGCUAGUCCAGGAUGGUUUAUUGAUGAAGAAUGAACUUCCAGAAUCAAUGGAUGUGGAGCAUGUUGACUUUAAAACAGUUGAAGAUUUAAAGGACCCUUUGAUAGCAAAGGCAGCAAAGAGGCUUCUUCUAAGCCAAGGGGAGCUCAAACAGCAGCUCAAUGAUUUCCGGAAGGAUCCUAGCAUUUCAACUUGGCUUGAAGAUGCAGCUCUCUUUGCUGCAAUUGAUCACAAUGUUAAUGCAUUUUCCUGGAAUGAAUGGCCCGAUCCUUUAAAAAAUCGCCACCUUGGAGCUUUGGAAGAUGUGUACCGAAAGCAUGAGGACUUUAUAGACAUAUUUGUUGCUCAACAAUUCUUGUUCCAAAGACAAUGGCAAAAGGUUCGUCAGCAUGCACGAAAAUUGGGAAUUAAGAUAAUUGGCGACAUGCCUAUUUAUGUGGGUUAUCAUAGUGCUGAUGUUUGGGCUAAUAGAAAAUCAUUCUUGCUGGACAGAAGUGGUUUUCCGAUUCUUGUAAGUGGUGUGCCACCUGACGCCUUCAGUGAAACAGGACAACUGUGGGGCAGCCCUUUAUAUGACUGGAGAGCUAUGGAGGAGAAUGGUUUUGCAUGGUGGAUAAAAAGAAUCAACCGUGCACUUGAUCUCUAUGAUGAAUUUCGGAUAGAUCAUUUUCGAGGAUUUUCUGGCUUUUGGGCUGUCCCUUCAGAAUCUAAAGUGGCAAUGUGUGGAAGAUGGAAAGCUGGACCAGGAAAAGCUUUUUUUGAUGCUGUCUUCAAAGCUGUUGGGGACAUUGAUAUAAUUGCUGAGGACUUGGGAGUAAUAACGGAGGAUGUUGUUCAGCUAAGGAAAGAUAUUGAUGCUCCUGGAAUGGCAAUUCUCCAAUUUGGUUUUGGAAGUGAUGCAGACAACCCGCACUUGCCUCAUAAUCAUGAACCGCAGCAAGUUGUAUAUACUGGAACUCACGAUAAUGAUACAGUCCUAGGUUGGUGGGGAAACUUGGGGGAGGAGGAGAAGUAUACUGUCCAGAAGUACCUUUCGUUUGCCGAGGGCACUGGCAUCUCGUGGUCUCUGAUUCAGUGUGCCAUGUCUUCGGUUGCCCGGACUGCUAUUGUACCGAUGCCAGACAUUCUCGGUCUGGGAAGUUCUGCUAGGAUGAACAUUCCGGCAACACAGCUAGGGAACUGGAAAUGGAGGAUUCCCAGCUCGAUGAGUUUUGACAGCCUAAAGCCCGAAGCAGAAAAACUGAAGGGCUUAAUCGCAAUGUACAACCGCCUGUGAUGCUAUGAUGAUCGCAUCUAAUCAAACCUUAUUCCCCUGUAUCGUCGUUUCAUCUGUCUGAGGCUUUUCAUGUUUCCAGUUUGCUCUUAGCUACUGGACGUUGAGUUCUACCUGCUGUAUCAAAUUACGUUCACUAAGACUAUGCUUACGUUCACUAAGUAUGCGUCGGACUGUAAGCUUGGUGGUGGUUAUCUUAUCUGAUCCAGGAAGUCGGUGUUUGGUGUGUGUUCA